CGCUGUUUCUUCAGGGACCAUUUACAAACGGACCGCGAUUGGGGAGUGUGUGCAUUGCCUACUAAGGUUAAACAGCGACUCGGGUUGAGUUCAACUUGCAGCCAUGGCGAAGAAGAAGCGUCUCCGUCUGAUCGCAGAAAUGGCUCGGAAGAUCCGGGCGUACAGAGAGCUGAAAUCCCGGCCAAAGGAUUCUCAGAAGUAUGCGCUGGACUACGAGACGAUGAAGCGGCCUCUGACCGGGAAGAUGCUGCCCGUGUUGGCCUGGCAGGACGUCCGCAGGGAGAGUCGCCUCUUCUCUCUGCUGGCGGGGAUGCGGACGUUCGGUGUGGGUCGCAUGUUUACCCGCAAGUCGUGGUUGGAGGAGCACCAGGAACCCAGCUACUGGCAGAUCACCAAGGUCAAGGUGGACUACACAGCUGAGAACAUGGAUCAUGGCAGAGCAUGGGGACUCCUCACACAUAAAGGAAAACAGGAAAGUGAGGUGAAGGAGGUGGAGAAGGUGAUGUACCACGAUUGGCGCCUGAUCCCCAAAGACAUGGAGCAGCAGUUCCGCGACUUCCAGCCGCUCCCGGAGCCGCCGGUGCGUUACGUCCCCUAUCCUCCCCUGCUCCGAGCCAUGCUGCUGGCUCAGCGUGGGAAAGCUGGCGUUCAGGCCGUGACGGACGAGCCGGCCUUGCCUUUGAAGAGGGACGUGGUGCUUAACAAAGACUAUUUCCGCAGACAGGAACAAGAGAGUCAGAGGAAAGAGGGGACGGCAGUGUGACACCAGCCGCUGCUGUGUCCUGGACUCAUAGGAUCUCUAUGCAGAUGUGUGUGUGUGUGUGUGUGUGUAUCUGAAAGAUGUUCUGAAUAUAGAAAAAAAA